GAAACUAUGGAAAUUAGAAAUCAUUUGUUGAUAUGUCAUAAAAAGAAAAAGCGCAUAAAAUCACCGAAACGUCGAAAAACUCGACUCGAGUUGUCGUCGAAGCCGCCGAUGAAGUCGAUGUCCGCCGACGAGGAGAAGGAGAUCCUGAACCUGAUCCGCACGCGUCUCCACGGCUGGGACAAGGGCUGGACGGCCACCGACAUCGUGGGCAUCAACAGUCUCGACGAGACGCUAGUAUUUCUGGUCAAAUGGACGAAUGGGGAGCAAACGGUUGUCCUCUCAGACGUCGCUAAACACAAGUGUCCGCAACUGGUCAUCAAAUUCUACGAAAGGCAUAGUGUUUGGGACGACACCGACGAUGAGGAGAAGCAGUAGUGGUCUGGCUUUCAUCGACAGUUCCUCUCAUUAUAUAUAUUAUAUACAUAUCUGUCGUCCCAUUCAUUCAUUGCAUUUGUUUUUUUUUGAAGUUUUUCAU